AUGGAGGAGUCGUCGAUGCAGCUCCGGGCUUCACAGGCCACGACUGACAAGGAGCACACCAAGUUGAAGAUCGAGGCUCUGAAGCGGACCCUGGACAGCCACCUGCUGCGACUGAACGCGAUUCUGAAUGGGCCGGACGUCAACUUUGAUCGCCUGGCAUCCGCAAUCCAGGGGCUGGAUGUAGAGCUGCGGGCAAAGCUGGCCGAGAGUGGCGACCUGCUCGAAGCAGCGCCUUCCGACGGCACCUACGAGGUCCUGCGGAACAGCCUCAAUGAGACCCAGAAGCGCUGUAAG